UGAGCGCGUGUGAGUGUGUGCGUGCGUAUGUGUGUGUUGCUGUCAACUCGAUGCGCGCUAAUCGACGAUUCGGCUCAGCUCAUGCUUCAAGUGCGGUUUUCGCAUUAUUCCCACAACUGAAUUAAUCAUUUCAUUUUCAUCAGUAGCAGCGACCGUCAAUGGUUUUGCAUUUGUGUGAGCCUCCACCUUUUUGUCGUCUUAAUUAACACCCUACACACCUAGCCUACUUUUUUCAACUUGUGCUACGCUGCGCUUCGUUGGCUAGCACUGCCAGCUACAUAAAUACGACCGUAUGUAUGUUUGUACGAAUGUAACUGAUGCCAGUUAAAAGGCACUUCAAUGUCCAUGCAUAUGACCAAUAUGUAUGUAUGUGUACAUGCGUAUGUCAGACCGUAUACAUGUGUAAGUGAGCGUAAAGCUUUUUGUUUGCAUUGAGCGGGCGACAGAUCAUAUGCACAUGUACAUAUACAUACAUAACUACAUAUUUGUUUAAGCCACGGCAAACGCACACACAGACACACACCAUUUGUGUACGUGUAUACCAUUUCAUAACAGAAAUAAGUUGAUUACUAAUUGUGUUUGUGAACUGUGAUUUGUGUUAAUAAUGAUAAAACAAAGCAACAUCAAGGAAAUGCGAGAGUGCGAGUGAAUUGGAGUUUGAUGUACACUGUUAACACUUUUGCAGUGAGAGAGCAUCAAAUAUGUGUGUGGGAGAGUGACUGUGUGAGAGAGAGAGAGAGAGAGAGGGAGAUAUAGCGACAAGUGAAGAAAUAACUGCAAUUGAAUAGCGGCCGGCUGUCAUAGAUAUUGUUGUUGUUGCUAUUGUUGUUGUUGUUAUCGUUAUUCGUAUGCUGCGCAGCGAGUGUUGCAAACUGAUCGAAACGGCGAACGACUUAGUUCGAAUAUGAUCGCUGUUGCCACCUCGCUGCCAACGCAGCUGAAAUAACAAUAAUUCAAACAACAACACCAACAAUAACAAUUGAGUGCAAACUUAAAAGCAUAGGCCGGCAAGUAGUAGAAGAAGAAGCAGCAGCAGCAGAACAAAAUCAAGAUAAAGAACCAUCAACAACAACAACUGCAGUUUAGUCUGCGUGCCACAACCAAAGUGCUUCACAGCCGCAGAAGCAGAAGCAGCAGCCGCAACGCCUCACAAUGAAUUCCGAGCAUGGAUUCAAUCCAGCCUUCAAUAUGGCCACCAUAAGGCAGGCAUUCACAGAGGCCGUCGAAAGAGUCAGAAUGCCGACGCCCACACGACUGCGUGAUCUUAUACGACAGAUACGCGCCGCCCGCACCGCUGCCGAGGAGCGGGCCGUGGUUAACAAAGAGUGCGCCUACAUACGCAGCACAUUCCGGGAGGAGGACUCCGUCUGGCGUUGUCGCAACAUUGCCAAGCUGCUGUACAUACACAUGCUCGGCUAUCCGGCGCACUUUGGCCAACUCGAGUGCCUCAAACUGACGGCCAGCACGCGUUUCACAGAUAAACGGAUUGGCUAUCUGGGUGCUAUGCUGUUAUUGGAUGAACGUCAAGAUGUCCAUUUGCUGAUUACGAAUUGUUUAAAAAACGAUUUGAACAGCUCGACGCAGUUCGUGGUGGGCUUAGCGCUGUGCACACUGGGCGCCAUCGCAUCGCCGGAAAUGGCACGUGACCUGGCCAGCGAGGUGGAGCGUCUGAUGAAGUCGCCCAACACGUACAUCCGCAAGAAGGCGACACUGUGUGCAUUCCGAGUCAUUCGCCGUGUGCCCGAACUGAUGGAGAUCUUUCUGCCGGCCACACGUUCGCUGCUCAGCGAGAAGAAUCACGGCAUCCUGAUUACCGGCGUCACGCUCAUCACGGAGAUGUGCGAGAACAGUUCGGAUACGUUGAUGCAUUUCAAAAAGGAUAGCGGAAAUCGAGAGAUCGUACCGAAUCUGGUGCGGAUCCUAAAGAACCUCAUCCUGGGCGGCUACUCACCUGAGCACGAUGUCAGCGGCGUCAGCGAUCCGUUCCUGCAGGUGAAAAUCCUGCGUCUAUUACGCAUACUCGGCCAUAAUGAUCCGGAUGCCUCAGAAGCCAUGAACGAUAUAUUGGCACAGGUGGCCACCAAUACGGAGACCAGCAAGAAUGUUGGCAACACCAUUCUCUAUGAGACAGUGCUAUCCAUAAUGGAUAUACGUUCGGAGGGCGGCCUGCGCGUCUUGGCUGUGAAUAUCCUGGGACGCUUUCUACUCAACUCGGACAAGAAUAUACGCUAUGUGGCGCUGAAUACACUGCUGCGAACGGUGCACGCCGAUACGUCCGCUGUGCAGCGGCAUCGCACCACCAUAUUGGAGUGCCUCAAGGAUCCAGAUGUGUCGAUCAGGCGACGUGCGAUGGAGCUAUCUUUUGCGCUAAUCAAUGCACAAAAUAUACGUACAAUGACGAAAGAGCUAUUGCUGUUCCUCGAGAAGGCCGACGCUGAAUUCAAGGCGCAAUGCAGCUCUGGCAUGAUAUUGGCUGCCGAACGCUAUUCGCCCAAUUCACGCUGGCAUCUCGACACGCAGCUGAGCGUCUUGAUAGCUGCUGGCAAUUAUGUGCGUGACGAUGUUGUCUCAUCGACCAUACAGCUGGUGUCCAGCAGUCCCGUGCCAGAGCAGACAUAUAUCACGAAUCGGUUCUGGGAAUCGCUGCAGGUGCCCAAUCACUGUGAGGACAAGCAGCCGUUGCUGCAGGUUGCCGUCUGGGCCAUAGGCGAGUACGGCGAUCUGUUCAUGUACGGCGCGAAUGAGGAUGAGUUCGAGCGUCCAACGGAGAGCGAUCUGAUCGCUGUGUAUCAUAAGUUUUUAACCUCUGCUCAAGUGUCGACAACAAGCAAGCAAUAUGCGCUCGUCUCUUUGGCCAAGUUGAGCACGCGCCUGCAGCAGUGCGUGGAAGAGAUCCAGGCAUUGAUUACCUCGUUUGGCAGCCAUCUGAAUGUGGAUCUGCAGCAACGCGGCGUAGAGUUCACACAACUCUUUGGCAGCUAUAAGCACCUGCGUCCGCCCCUGCUGGAAAAGAUGCCCGCCAUGCAAAUCAGUCGUAUUAGUUCACAGAAUGGCGAGAGCGGCGGCUCCUUCGAUGACAAUAGUCCGGACGUUAUCGAGAAUGGCAUCGAGAUUGGCGGCAACAGUACGCAUCCUAUAAUCGAAAGCAAUAUGAACACAAUGGGGGACAAUACGAAUAUCCUGCUGGACUUAUUGGGGAGCACGGAUCUGUCGGCGGGCGCCAACGAUUUGGCCAUGGCAACAGACCUAUCGAAUGCGGUGCAUAAAAAGAAUACGCGAAAUGCAAACAACGAUGAGCCGGUGUCGAACAAUCAGGAUCUGCUCGACUUGCUCGACCUGGACAUGUCAGCGCCAACUGCAACGCCCGUCAUGGGCGUGAAUCUGGGAAGUGAUCAUAGCAGCGCCGCCAAUAUGAACAAUAUGCUCGGCGGACUCGAUCUGGGCGGCUUCGGUGGCAUCGACUCCAUGCCCAAUAGCAUGCCCACAAACGGUAACGAUCUAUCGAGCAUGCUGGGUGGCCUUAACGUUGGAGGCGGUGCGCCAUCCCACGCAAUGCCGUCCAUUGGCGGUGAUAUUAACCGCGGCAGCCUGCUGGGUGAACUGAAUCCGACGACGGCCUCUAACAAUGUGUCAGUGCCUCCAAAGGAUCCCAAGCUAACGGCGCUGGACAAGAACGGACUGCUGGUGCAGCUGGUGCCAGUGCCGGGCAGUGACUGCAUGAAAAUAUUUAUGACAACCACAAAUAGCUCAGACAAUACAUUGGAGCAGUAUUUGCUGCAGGCGGCCGUGCAGAAGAGUUUUAAACUGCAAAUGCUGACGCCGUCGGGCUCGGUGCUGCCUCCAGGUGGCGUCAUCACGCAGGAAAUGCGAGUUGUUGCUACGUCCAAUGCUGUGCUACGCAUGCGUCUACGAAUUCAAUAUACGAUCGAUGGUCAGCAGGUCGUGGAGCAGACGGAGGUUAGCGGCUUUCCGGAACAGCAGCCAUCGCAUGAAUAAAUAUGCUUUAAAGCAAGCGUAGCGAGCGUUUAAGCUAAAAGUCUAAAGACAACACAAACAAACACACACACACAUAUAUACAUACAUACCGAACACAGCUAAAUACAGAGGUUGCCACACGCAUAUAUUGUAAAAUAAGUUAAAACAACUACACACACACACACACACCCAGGCAAACACCUAUACCAAUACACUAACACUCAUUCACUCAUCUGAAGAAAGGAAACCCAGCGGAGUCCGCGUGCGUGGAGCAUCGUUGAGAAUAUCAGCAAGGCACAGUGUUGCCAGACUUCAAAAACAUAUGGGCAUCAUGUGCGAAAGUAUCCAGUUGCUUUAAAAAAGAAACGCAAAAAAUAAUUUAUAUUUGAUAUAUGUAUAUAUACAUAUAUAUCUAUAUAUAUAUAUUUAUAUAUACAUAUGUAUACCUAUUCCCUUGAUUUUUUAUAAUUGUUUUUUUUUUCUGUUAUUUUUUUUUUUUUUGCGUCAAAAACCAAGUUUGAUAAAUGUCCGCGAUGCGUGUAAGCAUUUCUUGAUUAGUACUAUUUAACAUGAUUAUGAUAAUAAUUAUGAUUUGAUUUUUUAAAAUUGUGUGUGUAAUUGGUUUGUGUAAAAGACAACAUUCAGUUUUAAUGUAAGACAAUAAAGUCAUUAAACAGCGUCAAGCUAAAUUAUAUAGCCACUACACUAAAUUGUAAAUUAAAACAAUUAACAAACACAGCAAAUGUAUUUUAUGAUACGUUAGCAAAACAAACUCAAAAAGAAAACGAAACAAAAAAAAAGAACAUCAAAAUAGCAACUAAAAUGUGACAAAUUGUGUAUAGCAAAUGAAAACAAAGAGAAGAAAACGGAGCGCAUUUAUUGAAGCUUAGCAUUUGCCAAUUGGAAGCAGUUUAUCGAUAGUGUCAAUCGAUCGUUAUACACGUUUUUCGAUGAUGGACAGAGCUCAUAGUUAUUAUUAUAAAAACAAAAGCAAAAAAAAAAAAAAAAGGAAACUUAAUUUGUUAUACUUAUGUAUGUAUGUAAUAUGCAUUAAACAAUAUUUUUUUUUUAUUGAAACUAAUGAAGGCUCCAGGCGCUGGCAGCGUGCUAGCACAGUUCACAGGAUUGGGCUGCACGCUGUGACGUCACACAAUGGCCGGUGACACGAACACAUAAACAUAAACACACACACACACACACACACACACAAAUACACACUAGCGCAGUGUUGGAAGCCGACACAUUAAGCUCAGCACACCGUGUGGCCUACAUUUCCACGAACUAUCUAUCACUCGAUAAAUUGUUAUUUCCUGUGCGCACGUACUUAAAAACGAUUCAACAGAUAACUGCAGCAGCAAAGAAGAAACUGAAACAGCAGGCAGCACUGUGGAAAACUAGAUAAUUAUAAUAUAUAUAUUACUAAAAAGGGAAAACAAAACAAAUUUCAACAAAAAAAAAAAAAAAAAAAAGUAUAUAACACUUAGUUGCGGGUCAAUGCGCAUUAUGUUUAAAUAUUUUUCGGGGGGUAAUUGAAAAAACAGAUAAA